AAAAAUUGUUGCAUUUCCAUUGUCCCAAAAUUCUGUAUUUCCUAUUCUCCACUCUUCUGGCGAUUCCGAUUUCUGUCCUCUGAAUUCCGACUGAGCCUCCGGCGAUUCCGACCUCGAAUCCGACCAGCGUCAAGUUAAAAAUUGAUAUUGAAGAUAUCCUUGAAUCAAGAAGCUAUUUUGCCAAUGGAAUAGUGAGGCAGAGGAAGCAACUGACUUUGAGCCGCCUUAAUUAUUCCUCAUCACUUGAUUUGUGCUCGGUAUAAGAAUGAGGAUAGUUGGACUGACUGGAGGAAUUGCUUCAGGGAAGAGCACUGUCUCCAAUCUUUUCAAGGCUCAUGGUAUUCCCGUUGUUGAUGCUGACAUUGUAGCUCGUAAUGUUUUGAAGAAAGGAACUGGUGGUUGGAAAAAGGUUGUGGCCACAUUUGGUGAGGACAUCUUACUGGAUAAUGGAGAAGUUGAUCGUGCAAAGCUAGGUCAAAUAGUAUUCUCUGAUCCUGAAAAACGUCAGCUUCUUAAUAGGUUGCUAGCACCAUUUAUCUCAUGUGGUAUUUUAAUGGAAGUUUUGAAGCUGUGGAUAAAGGGUUGUUCCAUAAUUGUUCUUGAUGUUCCUCUUUUGUUUGAGGCCAAGAUGGAUAAAUGGACUAAACCCAUUGUUGUCAUUUGGGUUGAACCUGAGACACAGCUGCAGCGUCUCAUGACUAGAGAUGGAUCUAUGGAGGAGGAGGCCAAAAGCAGGAUAAAUGCGCAGAUGUCCCUGGAUCUCAAGAGGUCAAAGGCAGAUAUUGUGAUCGAUAACACCAGCUCAUUGGAAGCUUUGCAUGAGCAAUUCCAGAAAGUGUUAACUCAGAUUACCAAGACCUUGACCUGGACUGAGUUUAUGCUCUCAAGAAAUGGAGCUUUUCUGGCAUUGUUUUCCACUUUUGUCAGUGUUGCUAUUUUCAAGAAAAGUUCAUGAAGGUAUAACUCAUAUAGUUUGAUCUAACACAAUGUAUGCAUUUCUGCAUGGCAGAAGACACCGUAAUUUAGCACUACUUGUGUGUACUAUUUAAUAAAAAAGAGAGCUGUGUAUGUAAUUCCAACAUGAGAUUUUAUGCUUUGUUAGAUACUCGUUUGAUAUGUUAAAGUUGAUGUAGGAUAAUUUCGUCAUACACUUGGACUGACUCAUUAAAGUAAAGGAUCAUGAUACAUUUUGGUGUUUCUCCGAAGUA